AUGGAGACUGAAAGACCGAUGGAAAAACUCCUGGAAAACCUUCACACUGUUCUACAAGCCAUAAACAAGACAUUGAACAGUCCCCCUUGCCAACCUGAUCUGAAGUUAAACGAGACCACUUUAAAACUGGAGAAACACAACCGGGACGACAAGGCUUACAUCUUCAUCAUCUUUGUCAUGUUCCUCUUUGCUGUGACCGUGGGGAGUUUAAUUCUUGGGUAUACGAGGUCUAAAAACGUGGACAAACGCUCUGACCCCUACCACGUGUACAUUAAAAACAGCCCUGUUUCAGUAAUAUGA